AAGCGAGCGGUUGCGUGUCGGACGACGGCGUUUUAAUAAAAGCAAAACUCGUCAAGUUGAGCUAAAUCAGCAGCCAAAUAACGAGGGAGAGCAAACAAAAAAAAAAAACUUCUAGAUUGACACCAAAGUUGUGCGAAAUUUUUAAAGUAAUGCAAUUUGUGCAUUGAUCAAGCAAUCAUUAAACAUACAAAUUACAUGCAGGCGUAAGUAAUUGCGGUUUCACACACACACACUACAAACGCCGAAACGCCGAAACGCCGUUUUGUCAACAAAAGGCGCGAGUGUGCUCUGUACGAAAAUCAAUUUGGAAUUAAAUCAAAAUAGAUGUACACACAGCAACCUAAAAUCGCGUUACAUGCUCAAUUCUAACGAGCAAUUCGGACAUUAACCGUUACGCUAAAACGGAACGGAACGUCGCGUCGCAGUGCAUUUGUGUCACAGUGUAUGUAAGUGUUUGUGCAUGUGUAAUUGUAUGUGUGUGUGUUAUGACAGUGAAGUUGACAAUAGGCAAAUAGGCAGCAGCAAAAGCAAAUCAUAUGCCGCCCACGUAAUGUGUGACGAAAUUUAAAUUUGCCAGCUAUGUAAAUACAAUUGCACCAGAGUGUGCGUUAGUAUUGGUGCAAGCGAGAUAUUCAUGUGGAUGUGGAUGUGGAUUACCAUAAACAUAAACAAAGGAUUAAAGCAACAGCAAAAAGCAGAAGAGCGAGCGAAAGAAGAGCAAUAAGAAGAAGAGCGGGCAUAAACCACAGAAACAUUUUUGGGAUUACAGCUGAGGCAGAGGCUGAGCGGCUAGGCAGCGGCAGCAAAAGAAUUUCCUUUGCAAAUAACUCAGCAUAGAACAUUUUUUGGCAGGCUCACAGAUUGUGGCACGCAAAAAAAACAAUUUUUAAGAGGGUCGACGCACACAUCCGCCAGAGCCAGAGCCAGAGCGUCCAGAGUGAACGUGUAUGUGUAACUAUUUGUGUGACAAGCGCAACUAAUGAGCAACAACAACAACACAACAUCGGAAACAGGAAGAGACAACAGCAGCAGCAACAACAGCAGCCAACGAAUGAAAGUAAAACUGUGUUGCCAUUAUUAUCAUUACUAAAUAAUCGUAACUGUGAUAGCACCAAAGAAAGCAAGCACAGCAAUCACCAGCACCAGCAGCAGCAGCAGCAGCAACACACAUAUAAACUAAACAGUUGCUGCCGUGCGUAAUUACGUUUCAGUGAUUUUCAAACUAAUAAAUGUCGUACGCGCAAUUGCCAGCAACAGCAACAGCAACAACAACAACAAUUUGCUAAAGCCAAGCAGCCAGCAAAACUUCACACAAAAUGGCGCACAAAAUGAGGCAAAGAACAGCAGCAGCAGCAGCAGCAACAGCAGCAGCAACAACAACAGACAGCACACAACGCUCCACAAGAGCAACACGAGUCGGCACGCAUUCAAGUUCAAGGCGGUCAUCGUUAAUCACAUGUUUUAUAUCCUGCCACACGUUCAGCACAGUGCUGUUGUUAUUACUGCUGCUUGCCACAGCCCAAGCAGCCAGCAGCAAGUUGACCAGUCGCAGCAGCAGCAACGGCAGCAGCAGCAACAGCACAAUAGCCGCCACAGCAGCAACACAAGCGACGCCAGUUUGGGAUCAUGCCAUCGAUUUGAAUGAGGAUUUUCGCAUACUAUGGCAAAUCAUUAAUCAGGAUAUAACAUUUGAAAUACAAGCACGUACAUUAGGUUACGUCGGCUUUGGAUUCUCGCCCGAUGGGAAUCUCGCCGGCGCGGAUAUGGCCAUCGGUUGGGUGGACAAGGGUCAAACCUAUUUUCAGGAUCGACACGUCACGCGCAAUGGCGACACUGAGCCUGUGGUGGAUCCCUCGCAGGAUUAUAUGCUGAUGCUGGGCUACGAGAAUGCCACGCACACUGUGCUGCGCUUCAAGCGCAAGUUGGACACAUGCGAUGCCAGCCAUGACAUUGCCAUAACGAACGACACGAUGCGCUUGCUGUAUAUGUAUCACUCGCAGGAUCCACCUCACGGCUCCGUGCGUCCCGGCACGCUGCCCGACCCGGAGCGCGCCUUUCGACCAUAUCGACCCAUGGUGCUGAUGCAGCGCGCCCAGAUGCAGAUGCCCGCGCCACAUGAUGAGCGCGUUCGUGUGCUCGAGCUACGCAAUGAGGACGUGGAGCUGCCGGGCGGCGACGCGCCAUUGUUCUGGUGCAAGAUGUUUAAGCUGGAGGAUAUCAAUCGCAAGCACCAUCUCAUACGGUACGAGCCGAUUUAUGAUUCAUCGUCCAGCGUACACUACUUGCAGCAUAUAACGCUCCACGAAUGCCAAGGCUCACACGCGGAGCUGGAGGAGCUGGCACGCGAGCAGGGCAGACAGUGCAUGGGCGCCCGUUCCAUACCGCUGGCAUGCAAUGCCAUUGUUGCCUCCUGGUCGCGGGGCAGCGAGGGCUUUACGUAUCCACAUGAAGCCGGCUACCCGAUUGAGUCGCGACAGGCCAAAUAUUAUUUAAUGGAGACCCAUUAUAACAAUUUGAAGCCGGACUUUGCCCAAUUGCAUGCCAGACAAAUGGCGGAUAAUUCUGGUUUGAAAAUCUACUUUACGCACGUGCUGCGACCAAAUGACGCUGGCAUAUUGUCAAUCGGCAUGGAUCCCAAUUGGCGCCACAUUAUACCGCCGGGACAGAAGCGUGUGAUAUCCGAGGGCCAAUGCAUUGAGGAUUGCACCGGCUAUGCAUUCCCCGCUCAGGGCAUCAACAUUUUUGCGGUCAUGAUGCGCACUCACCAAAUCGGCAAGGAAGUCAAGCUGCGUCAGAUACGACAAACCGAGGAGCUUCUGCCAAUUGCACACGACAGCAAUAUAGAUGUGGCAUAUCAGGACUUUCGACGUCUACCACAAUCGGUGCAUUCCAUGCCUGGCGAUAGACUCAUCGCCGAAUGCAUUUAUGACAGUUCGUCACGAAAGGCAAUUACGCUGGGUGGCCUCACAAUGAAGGAAGAAAGCUGCACCGUGCUGACACUUUACUAUCCACGCCAAAAGAAACUGACAACGUGUCACUCACUUCCCAGCCUACCCACAGUGUUGCAUUCACUUGGCAUCGAGCAACUCGCCACUGACUCAAAUCCCGUGCUGAUUUCAUCACCGCCCGAAUUGGCUGGCAUGACACUGGAGGCACGUCUAAUAUCCUACGAUUGGGAAAAUCAAUUUGGUGAAUUUCAAGAAGCCACACGCAAGGGCAGCUUCAAGCCCAUCUGCUGGGGAGCCAAGAACCAUGUGGUGCCGGGCUCCGAGUUUCUCGAAGGCUACAGCAUAAAUGUGACCAAAACCUACAAGAAGCACAAGCGGUGCAAGCCAAAGCGCGUCUAUGCGGCCAUUACGGAGCGCACCUCGCCGUCGGCGGAUCUCAGCGAGCUGCCCGUGCUGCACGAGCUGGACAACAAUAACAUCAUCGAGGGAGCGGCGCGCAGCAGUCGCAGCUCCGCGACUGACAUCCAUGGAGGAUUGAGCGGUGCUGCCGCCCACAAGACUUGCGGCCAGCUGGCCAGCUGUCUGCUGUGGCUCUGCGCCUCUUCCUGGUGGCUGCUGCUCAUGCUCAGGACGUAGAACGUAAACGGCAAUGGCAGCGGCAGAGAAAACGUAGCAGCAGCGGCACUACAGGCACCACCGUCUAUCUAAACUAUAUACAUAUAUUAAAUACUACAACUCUCUUUAACUAUAAACGACCGCUCUUAAUCCUACUGCAAAUACAACUACAGACAACAACAAGAAGAAAGAAAGAAAGCACGAAAGAAAGCAAAUCAAAGCAUAAAAAUGUUGCAAAAAGCAAACACAAAAAAAUAAAAAUGAAUUGCAGUUCUAUUAAUUAUGCAUGUUAUACUAGAAAUUCUGUCCACCCCUCCCUGAACUGCUGUACUCCCUGUUUAUUUUACUGCCAUGUCUCUUGCACAUUUUUGUUGUUUUUGUUCUAGCAUUUAGUAAAUUAUUAAUGAUUUUUUCUAACGUACCCUAAGCAGAAAAGAAAAAUUAUGAAAACCCGCAAAAAAAUAUAUCUAGUAAUUAAUCAAGAAGCAAAACCGAAAAGCAAUAAUUAGUUGUUGUUGUCGUUAUAUAAAAUAUACAAAAUAAAAUAACUAUAUAUGUAUAUGUAUACAUCAUAGAUAUCUACGUAUAAAACUAAAUACUAGUGCAGUCAUUCCUUCUAUGAUAGUUUUAUUACACACACCCACACACACACCACACACACUUGAAUAGAUAUGGGGUCUGACUUAUAUAAAGCUUGAACGCCUGAUGAUUUUUGUUGGGCAUUGCAAGACACAAUCGUAAAUGAAGUAAUUGAAGUAACUCAGUCGAGAAUGUGGGCAUAGAUUUAGAGAAACAUAAAACUAAAGCAUUAACAUAAAACAUACUUAAGUCCCAGUUAAGUUUAGUCACUUGCAGUGCGAGCAAACUAAGGAACUAAGUUCAAUGCGCUAAGAAAAAAAUACUAAAAGCUAAACACACACACUCACACACACACACGAGUAUAUUACACAUAUAAAAUUAUACGUCCAUAUAAACAAACACAAACAAAAAAAAAAAGAAAACGAGCAAAAGAAAAACUAAGUAAAACAUUUAGUUGAUGAUGAAAGACUUGCGACUUUACUUUUUAUGUCACCGCGUAACGGUUUAAACGACUAAGCAGAAAAAUAUACAUUUAGUUAUAGAAUGAGAUAAAAGUGCAUAAGAAAUGGUAGCCAACUAUGCUAAGCCGUCAAGUUGUAAAGAUUAUGUUUUUUCCUAAGAAACUUUGAUUAAAUGAGUUUAGUGUGCUAAGCUGGAGCUGAGCCACUGACAAUUCAAUUUCAGAUCCAAAUCAACUCAACUCAACUCAGCUCUGGCUCAGACUGUACAUUUUUGUUGAUUUAUCGCUAUUUGUAUACUUGCUAUAUACUACUAUUAUUUAUAAUUACUUACACUACUUACCACUAAGUUAUCUUCAGUUACUAAGCAAACUCAACUCGUAUAAUACUCCAUUUCUCUCUCUCUCUCUCUCUCUCUCUGUCUACACUCAAAGUGUUGGCUCUCUGUAACUACUGUAACUUUCAAGCAGCUUCAACUUUAUGUUAUUUCAUUCAAACUAUAUACUAAAGCUAGCACUAAGUUGUAAAUACUUUCUAUUUGAUAAGGCAACUUGUAGGGCAAACUAUGUAACUCGGUUUUUCAGCUAAGAUGCGAAUUGAAGCAAGUGAGGAAAAGCUAAGCAUUAUACAGGGUGUGUGAUUAGAAAUUUGGAAUGGGCAUAGUUAUAUAUAGACUACUACUAUACAGAAUACUCUUAGCCAGCGUUAGGCGACAAUGUUGAGGGCUCAGGCUGAGGGCCGUCAGAAUCAGCUCGAAAGUAGUAAAAAUAUACCAUAUACAAAUACAUACAAGCAUACAUACGAUUACGAUAUA